UUCUAAUUAUGUUAUUCAUUUUUUUCUGUUAUUAGCCAAAUUUAAUGCCUUCUAUUGGGUUGGAAAUUAUUACUACUUGGUUAUUUUGUUGAUUGCAGAUUGUCUCACUGAUAUUUGUUUCUUUUCCUUCUUUUUUGAUUGGAUAAUAUAUACUUUAUUAUUUUAAUCAGGUCACAUGUUAUAAACUGGUGCGAUAAUAUUCUUGAACAUUGUGUCAUUGCAGCAACAAUGGAGGGAGGAUCACAGCUUUUCAGGGUGAAAUAUGUUAGAUGAUUGAAUUAGAUGAAUUGGCGAUCUGUUUCACUUUUAAUUUUCAUGCACCAUCAUAGAUAACUGUACAUUGAGCAGCUGGGUAUGCCGAUCUAUAGAAAGUUAUAAAUGCACUCUUUGUGUAAACUGAAAUCCCGCCUUGCAUGAGUAAAGGCUAGUUUGAUGAUUCUCCGCAGAUUGAACUACUAUAUCAUGCUGUUAAAAAUCCGAGUCUAAAGACACAAGUCACACUACAAUUGCUAGGAGUGUCAGAGUUUUAUGUUGUUCUGCAUGCUUAAAAGCCUGACCCUUUUCUUGCGGACUUGGUGACUGCACUGGUAGAUGGUGGAUAAAUAGUUUGCACAAGAAGAUCAAAGGGUCCUGAUAGAUGUUUUACCAUUACUCUUUCAGAGCUUUUAUCUUGGAUCAGCUACGGUGCUGACACCAUUUUAUUACUGAAGUUGAUUUGAAGAACAUAAUGUGGAUGAUGCUAUGUGUCUUGAUUUCAUCUUAUGUCAUGUAUGAAUUGGAACCUUGAUUUCUGAGUUGGAAUUCUUAAGCUGGAUAGCUUAAUUAGUAACAAUGGGAGUGUGAUGAUACCACUAAGCUACCGAAAAAUGAAUUGGUUUAAAGAGAAAUUCAGGGUGUUCCUUCCCAAAUGGGGAAAUGAUUCUUCUGACAUGGCAGAAUUUUGGUUUUCCUUUGUUUCUUAUAUAACAACCGUGUUUAUUGGAAUCUUAACAUUAACAUAUGCUUUCUCCAUAUGGAGGCAUAAUACCAGUUUAAGCUGGAUGAAGACUAUAGCAAGGUCAAAGAAGAAUCCAAAAACAAGGCAUAAAGUUCCAGUUUCUGCUCAUGUUUGGAGCAUAGAAUCUGGUUCUCGUGCAAAAGGUCUGAAGUGUUGUGCAUGUUUAGAAUCACUUUCACCACCUCAACCUCUUGGACAGAUGAUGACUUUGGAUAACUACAUACACCGCUGUGAUGUUUGUGGUGCAGCUGCGCACAUGAUGUGCUCUUCAAGUGCACAAAAAGAUUGCAAAUCUGUUUCCAUGAUUGGUUAUAAACAUGUAAUCCACCAAUGGACUGUUCAGUGGACUGAAGUAGCAGAUCGACCUGAAGAAACUCCUUGUUGUAGUUAUUGUGAAGAACCUUGCAGUGGAUCCUUUCUUGGUGGCUCUCCUGUUUGGUCCUGUAUGUGGUGUCAACGGCUAGUGCAUGUGGAUUGUCACUCAAGCAUGGCUAAUGAAACAGGUGAUAUUUGUGACCUUGGACCGUUUAAACGCCUUGUUCUAUCACCUCUCUUUGUAAAAGAUUUGAGCAGUACGGGAGCAGGUGGUUUUUUGAGAUCUAUAACACAUGGUGCAAAUGAAUUGGCAUCUACUGUACGAGGACAUAUUAACAGGAGCCAGAGUAAAAAAUACAAGCAGGACUGUGAACUCCCUUCUGAUUCAGCUAAUAGCAAUAGUACCAAUGACACCUCUACAGAAAGAACCAUAGAUACUUAUCUAACAUCGAAUGGCUCCCAUGGUAAUGGAGAAUAUUGUAAUGGGGUUGCUGAUGUUGGCGACCAGCAACAAAGUAGCGAAAGUGUCUGCAAGGGGGAGAUGAAGGCAGUACCAAGCAGAACUGUAUCAUUCACUCAAGGUGAUGAUUCUCAGAUAUUAGGAACCAAACAAAGGUAUGAACUGAUUGAUUUGCCUCCCGAUGCUAGACCACUCCUAGUUUUCAUCAACAAAAAAAGUGGUGGCCAGCGAGGAGAAUCACUCAGGCACCGUUUACACAUUCUCCUAAAUCCAAUACAGGUAUCUGAGUUGAGUUCAACACAAGGGCCUGAGGCAGGACUAUUCUUAUUCAGAAAGGUACCUCACUUCAGAAUUCUUGUUUGUGGUGGAGAUGGUACAGUUGGUUGGGUUCUUGAUGCGAUAGACAAACAAAAUUAUGAAUCCCCUCCGCCAGUUGCAAUCCUUCCAGCUGGCACUGGUAAUGAUCUUGCAAGAGUUUUGGCAUGGGGUGGUGGUCUUGGUGCUAUCGAGAGACAAGGAGGUCUCUGUACAGUUUUGCACCACGUUGAGCAUGCAGCAGUGACCAUUCUUGAUAGGUGGAAAGUAGCAAUUGAAGAUUCAUUAUCCAAGACUGUCCAACCUCCGAAAUUUAUGAACAAUUAUCUAGGGAUUGGCUGCGAUGCAAAGGUUGCUUUGGACAUACAUAAUCUACGUGAAGAAAAUCCUGAAAAGUUCCACAGCCAGUUCUUAAACAAAAUGCUUUAUGCAAGAGAAGGUGCAAAAAGCAUCAUGGACAGGACAGUUGCAGACUUACCUUGGCAAAUCAGACUAGAGGUAGAUGGAGUCGAGGUAGAAAUUCCUGAGGUACGUUUCAUAUGGUUAUCAAUUUGAUGAACUAUUGGAUGUCUAUGAAAACAAUAAAUAAAACUUUUGAUUGUCUGAUCAGUUUAAAUCAAGUAUCCUCAAAGGGGAGUACAACAAAAUCCAAUUACCUGUUGAUGACAAUUAGAUCCUUGAGAAACAUUAUGUUUCCCCAUGUGAAGCUGUAAUUCUCUAUAUAUUGGUUAGAUGGCUAUGUUUGACAGAUCGCUUCUUUUUACUUGCAUGCAUGCUUGAACUUUUGACUCUAGCUGCCGCCCCUCCCCCUGGUCUCCAUUAUGUGUGGCAUCACAGUCAGCUCCAAAAGUGCCUCACCUGUUAUGAAUGCCUGACAUAAACUAACAUCAUAUCAUCAUGGAUAUAGCUUCUU